AUGUCUAUCGCUACACUAGCCUUCGCUGAUGAUCUUGUGCUGGUGAGUGGUUCGAAGGAGGGGAUGGGGAGGAGUCUGGCGAUGCUGGACCACUUCUGCGACUUAACGGGGUUGAAGGUUCAACCCAGGAAGUGCCACGGGUUCUAUAUGGAGCGAGGAGUGGUGAAUGACUGUGAAGCCUGGAGGAUCGUGGCUACCUGGCACAAUUGUGAUUUACUUAGUAAUAACAGCCCAUUUCUUCUACGACAGUGUGCAGUUACAUUUGCUGUUAAAUUUUCCAAACAAAUUAGAUCUGACCCCUUUGUGUUUGUCAUUUGUCUUGUAGAUGUCAGUGAAAAUAUUCAUCCAGAGCUGCAGCAGUCAGUGUCCGGUCACAUCAAAGAGGAAGAAGAGGGUGAAGUGGUUCAACACAUCAAAGAAGAGAAGGAAGAGUUUCUACACUUGAAAGAGGAAGAGCAGGAUGAAAUUAUCCAGGUUCCAACCACUGGUGUCCAUUUGAAGAGUGAAGAUGAAGGUAAAAGUGAAGUGAGACGAGGGGCGGCGCCUCCAAGCAGGAACUGCUCAAGUGAUGGAGAGUGCCACAGGCGAGGAUUACAAACACACGGUGAUAAUGAUGAGGAACAGUCGGACGGUGAUUUGACAUGUUACAGUGCCAACGAAAGUUGGAAAUGUUCUCAGUGUAAGGAAGCUUUUACUACUAAGAGGAAUUUGAAACGACACGUGAAACUACACACAGGUGAGAAGCCUUUUAGAUGCUCAGUUUGUGGUCAACGAUUCUCUCAGAAGGGAGCUUUAAAAUUACACACAAGUACACACACUGGUGAGAAGCCUUUUCCCUGCGCAGUCUGUGGUCAAAGAUUCUCUCGGAAGGGGUAUUUAAAAAUACACACAAGAACACACACCGGUGAGAAACCUUUUUCGUGCUCAGUUUGUGGUCAAAGAUUCAUUCAGAACGGACAUUUAAAAAAACACACAAGAACACACACCGGUGAGAAGCCUUUUUCCUGCGCAGUUUGUGGUCAAAGAUUCUCUCAGCAUGGAGACUUAAAAUCACACACAAGAACACACACUGGUGAGAAACCAUUUUCCUGUUCAGUUUGUAGUCAAAGAUUCUCUCAGAAGGCAACCUUACAAAAACACACAAGAACACACACUGGUGAGAAACCUUUUUCCUGCUCAAUUUGUGGUCAAGCAUUCUCUCGGAAGGCAACCUUAAAAAGCCACACAAGAACACACACUGAUGAGAAACCAUUUUCCUGUUCAGUUUGUAGUCAAAGAUUCUCUCUGAAGGCAACCUUAAAAAGACACACAAGAACACACACUGGUGAGAAGCCUUUUUACUGCGCAGUUUGUGGUCAAAGAUUCUCUCGGAAGGGAGCUUUAAAAAUACACACAAGAACGCACACCGGUGAGAAGCCUUUUUCCUGCGCAGUUUGUGGUCAAAGAUUCUCUCAGAAGGAAAACUUAAAAAGACACACAAUAACACACACUGAUGAGAGACUUUUUUCCUGCUCAGUUUGUGGUCAAAGAUUCACUCGGAAGGGACAUUUAAAAAGACAUACAAGAACACACACUGGUGAGAAACCUUUUUCCUGCUCAAUUUGUGGUCAAGCAUUCUCUCGGAAGCAAAACGUAAAAAGCCACACAAGAACACACACUGAUGAGAAACCAUUUUCCUGUUCAGUUUGUAGUCAAAGAUUCUCUCAGAAGGCAACCUUACAAAAACACACAAGAACACACACUGGUGAGAAACCUUUUUCCUGCUUAGUUUGUGAUCAAAGAUUUUCUUAUAAAUAUCAGGCUCAGACACACAAGUGUGCUGUUGAGAAUAGCAGUGACCAAGAAGGUUUUAAUGAAUGUGUGAAGAUUUAAAAAAAGUAGUUACUAUGUUACUGACUUGGGUAAAAUAACGUUCUUAUGUGUACAAGCUUCUUAAAAGUUUUAAUUUUGAAGGUGAGCGGAUUGCAUUUGACAUCUCCACAAUGUAAAAUAUGACUAAUUAUUAACAUUUUAUAUAAGAGUGCGUACAUUUUCCCAUACCUGUUACGCCAGUAGUUUUUAAUUUUCAAUUUUAAAAUGAACCUGUUUAUGGAAUACAAACCAUGAAGACCCUUACUUCCUUUGAGCAAUGGAUGCAUUUUGUCAGUGUUUGUGAUGUUUGUAUCAAAGAAUUCAUUGAUUGAACUCAGACUGUCAGGAAACUUGGACUUUGAGCGGAAAUUGUUGUGUAUUUGUGAUCUUGAAUGAAAUACACCCCCGAAAACAACGAGGUUGACUUUGUGUAUCAAAUCUAUUUCCCCCAUUGAAAAGUUAUUGAAAUGUCUUUUAUCAAUUGGAUAACCUCCAAAAAAAAAUGCUCACACCUUAAUGCAAAACAUGGCCCAAGCAACAAGGCUGAUGUGGAAAAACUGCAAAACUGGUCACUGUGAAGGAUCACAAACAGAUAGUGACAAAUGAGGAGAAAAAAGAAAAAGUCCAGGGUUCAAAUGACAUUUCACACAAACUAUCAAUGGAAAUGUUCUCAGUCCGGGAAAACGUUUGCUUGUUAAAGCAAAUACCACAUGAGAAGACACACGGGAGGGAAAACUUUUGCUUCCUGAGUUUUUGGCCAAAGAUUCUCUUAUUUAUAUUAGGCGUCACAGUGAUGAGCUGUCAAGCGUUGGCCUCACAGUUCGAAGCACCCGGGAGUGCCCUGAGAAAACUCACGCAGUCACAGGGACAACAUGCAAACUCGACACAGGUCAGGAUUUGAACCCUGAUCCUCAGAACUGUGAGGCCAACACUCUCCAGGUACUCCACCGUGCUGCCCUUAUUUGAUCCAUAUAAAAUAUUGGGCUAUUUGUAGUAAUAUUUCAGAGGUUAAAAUUGCCAAGAGUCGAGAUUGCCAAAAUUUUGGUGUUGAUUGUUGACAGUUUUUGGGUUCAUGCAGGAGGCCUGCAAGGAUGUGGCACUCGCCCACCAUGUUUAUAUGGUUUUACACACAAAUUAAUAGAUUUUUCCACAUAUUAAAUAAGUGAUUGACAUAAUUUUUGGGUACGAGCUAUUGUUCCUGUGGUGGAGUGACAGAUGACAGCAAUGUAUGAAGUGAUUCAAAUAUGGACCCAUGCUUGGACCUAAAACUAUGUAUUUUGUCAAAUAGUUUAGUGAUGUCAACAUCAAAUAAGCAAAUGAAUGAUUGAGUAGUAGUGUAUUUGUGAUCUUUAAUAAAUGACACUUGUUAAAACAGUGAAUUUGACUCAAUUUGCUUGUACCGUAGAUCAAAGACAUUUUCCCCAUUAAAAAUGAUGAUGUCGCACUCUCAUCACCCAUGAAGAGAUGAUAAAAAAUCUAAACUCACACAUCACACUCACAGCAAGCAAUGGAAAUUAUCUUUGUCUUAUCUUAACAUAAUUUUUGGGUACAAGCUGUUGUUCAUGUGGUGCAAUGAUACAGGACAGUAAUGUAUGAUAUCAUGCCAACUUGAACAAACCCGUUUGCAAACUCUUGGAAGCUGUAUUCUUUUUUUGAAUUUCCAAAAAGGUUCUUGAAAAAUAUAGACCAUGAAGACCCAUACUUUGAAAACUAUGUAUUUUGUCAAAUAGUUUAGUGAUGUCAACAUCAAAUAAGCAAAUGAUUGAUUGAGUAAGAGUGUAUUUGUGAUCUUUAAUAAAUGCCACUUGUUAAAACUGA